AAAAUUUCAGAAAGUUCGAAAGCUCGAGUCAUCAAUAAACAAACACAAUCCAUCUUCCUUUUCCUCUCUCCCAACCCACUCCACUCCAUCCAAAUCCAUUCAAAAUGGCCUCCCGCACAUUCUCCAGAGCUCUCCGAUCGCCAUUGGCGAAGCAACUCCGCGCUCCUGCGCGCAGAACCUUUGUCUCUGCCAUCAACGCCUCUUCCAGACCUACUGCCCGUGCUGUUGUAGCUUCAGCUCAACAGGUCAGAGGAGUCAAGACUAUUGACUUCGCUGGCACCAAGGAGAAGGUUUACGAGAGAGCCGACUGGCCUGCUGCGAAGCUCCAGGAAUACUUCAAGAAUGACACAAUGGCCAUCAUUGGAUACGGAUCCCAAGGCCACGCCCAAUCCUUGAACAUGCGUGACAACGGACUGAACGUCGUCGUCGGUGUGCGAAAGAACGGUCAAUCGUGGAAGGACGCUCAACAAGAUGGCUGGAUCCCAGGCAAGAACCUCUUCGAGGUUGAUGAGGCUAUCUCCAGGGGUACCAUCAUCAUGAACUUGCUCAGUGAUGCUGCUCAGAGUGAGACCUGGCCAGCCAUCAAGCCCCAGAUCACCAAGGGAAAGACCCUCUACUUCUCCCACGGUUUCUCCCCAGUCUUCAAGGACCAAACCAAGGUUGAUGUUCCAUCUGAUGUUGAUGUCAUCCUCGUUGCCCCCAAGGGAUCUGGCCGAACCGUCCGAACCCUCUUCCGUGAGGGACGUGGUAUCAACUCCUCCAUUGCCGUUUACCAGGAUGUGACCGGCAAGGCCAAGGAGAAGGCCGUUGCUCUUGGUGUCGGAGUUGGCAGCGGUUACCUCUACGAGACUACCUUCGAGAAGGAGGUGUACUCAGACUUGUACGGUGAGCGUGGUUGCUUGAUGGGAGGUAUCCACGGUAUGUUCCUCGCCCAGUACGAGGUUCUCCGCGAGCAAGGCCACAGCCCCAGUGAGGCCUUCAACGAGACCGUUGAGGAGGCCACCCAGAGCUUGUACCCAUUGAUUGGUGCGAACGGUAUGGACUGGAUGUACGAGGCUUGCUCCACCACCGCUCGCCGUGGUGCCAUUGACUGGAGCAGCCGCUUCAAGGAUGCCUUGAAGCCUGUCUUCAACGACCUGUACGACUCCGUCAAGACCGGAAAGGAGACCCAGCGAUCUCUCGACUUCAACUCCCAACCCGACUACAGAGAGAAGUACGAGGCUGAGAUGCAAGAGAUCCGUGACUUGGAGAUCUGGAGGGCAGGAAAGGCCGUUCGUUCUCUCCGUCCCGAGAACCAGUAAGCUGUUCGAUAGAGCGUUGGGGUGUUAUUUCUGAUUCUGGAGUGAAAACCUGGGGAACUGUAAUAUACUCUCCAAAUUGGAAUCUGCGGUAUGCGGAAUUGCUAAAAGUUAUGAUUACCUCUUGAACGUUUAUUACAUCUUUCUUUUCCUCGAAAAUAAUCAUCGCGCCUUGUCUUUCUUCUAGC